CGGUCCACCAACUCAAACCCUAAUAUUUAUCCGAGGGAGAUUUGUUCCCAAACCCUACCCGCUUGGGAGCAGGAGCAGCAGCAGCAGCAGGAGCAGGAGCAGCGAAGAAUUGUAGGGUUACGGCGCCACCACUCUUGCAUAGAGAACUCUAAUCAGCCAAGCAUUUUUCCGGAAAAAUGGUUUCUGGCAAGAAAACUAAGAAGACCCAUGAGAGCAUCAAUAACAGAUUAGCUCUUGUUAUGAAGAGUGGAAGGUACACUCUCGGUUACAAAACUGUGCUUCGCUCUCUCAGAUCGUCCAAAGGCAAGCUUAUAAUUAUUUCAAACAAUUGCCCUCCACUGAGAAAAUCUGAGAUCGAGUACUAUGCCAUGCUUUCUAAGGUUGGAGUACAUCAUUAUAAUGGAAACAAUGUUGACUUGGGAACCGCUUGUGGGAAGUAUUUCCGUGUUUCUUGCCUGAGCAUUAUUGAUCCAGGUGAUUCGGAUAUCAUCAAGAGCCUCCCUGGUGAUCAAUGAGCAAUUAUAUUUCUCUUUCCUUUUUACAAUGUUUGAGCCCUCUCCAAUUUGGACUUUUCUUUUUCUUUCCCCAUGAUAUUAGACAUUAGUUUGGACUCUUUUUGUCAAAUUUUGCUUAGUGUGGAGGUGAUGUCUCAUUUUACUUGGUUCUAUUUUGGAAAUCAUUCAUAAAUCAAGUUAUGCUACUACUACUUAUGUGUACAAGAUCGAUGUUGUAGUCUGAGUUAUGCAUUUUGUCCUUGCUGAUUUAAAGACACUAGUUGUGUUGGCAAA